CCCCACUCCCACUGCACAUGGGAAUCCGCUUCUGUCUGCAGCUGUACAGCUGUGAUUCUCAGGGGAGUGGGUAGCGGAGGGGCACCGAGGGGGUCUGCAAGGGACUCAGUUCAGCACUGCUAGGAGGACCUUUCAUGCACGCAGCUCCCUUACUUAGGGGCAGCUGCCUCCUUCCUCAUGCUUAUGCCCACUCACUGCUACCCCUCAAGCUUGCCUUCCUUGGUAGAAGGCUGAGCACCACUGCUUUACUCUCCAAAUUCUAGGAUUCUUUUGGUAUAACAUUUAAUGGAAUUACCAGGGAAAUUCUUAUAACUUCCAUUAAUAGAAUUAAAAAUACUCUAGACCCUAUAAUUGCUUUUCAUUUCAAUUUUUAAAAAUGUAUUACUUUUUGAUGGGAAAUAUUUGCAAAAACAACAGAAUGCAAAAGAUAGAGAAAUGAAAGUGAGCUCUCUCCCAUGCCCCAGCCACCCAGUCUCCUCCUGGGAGAUAAAUGUUAUUAUUAGUUUUCCUUUUAUUUGUAUUGUGAAAGAAAUAAUUCAACUCCCCUGUAAUCUGGGAAUCUGUUUUAUUAUCAAUUUGAGAGAGGAGCUAAUGCAGAAAAUGACAAAUAGCAUUCUAUGAAAAUCAGCCUGAACUGACCAUCUGGAGACAGGUAUGUCUGACUGAAUACACUUUGCCCUGUGAACUGUGCAAAUUCCGGUGCUUCUAGAAAACCAUGUGGCGGGGAUCUUGCCUUGGCUCCCAGAGUUCUGGGAGAGUUACCUCCCAAAUGAGACCCUCUAGGAAGGCUGAGAGGUUUUCUUAUCUCGGAUUCACUGCAGCCAAGUGCAAGAAUCUCCUAAGGCCAGAGGAAAAAUUAAUACUCAGGCCUCACCCUAAUGACCACACUUCUUAGGAUAACUAAGGAUUUUUUUUUUCCAGUUCAUUGAUUUAAGGAGAUUAAUGGCCUUUUCUACAAAAGUAAUUUUCUUUUCCGUGGUAUCACCAGAAGAAAAAAAAUCUUGUAUUUUGCAGGUAUGCUUAGGUAUGUCAGGCACAGCUCUGUGAGGGACAUGCGGCUGCACGUGUGUGCAGACAUACAGAUGUGGGCGUGUCUGUGUGUCUACGCUGAUGUCUGUGGCAGUAUGAACACCUCCACCUAUACCUCUAUCUAUGCAAAUUCUCGAGUCUCAUAACUUCCGUGGUAGAAGUUUUCUGUGUUUAACAGCAAAAGAAUCUGAGGCUCAGAAUGAGAUGGCAUUUCUCAGAAAGGUAACAGCUGGAGCACAGGUGUGUCUGACUGCAAAGCCACCUUUUUACCAAGGGAUGCACCUUCCUACAUAGUGCGUUACAGUAAAUGUAUAAGUAGCAUUGAUCCAGAAGCCCGCACUUCUAUAACUUUCAGUGUCGUAACUAAGUCUGCAUUUCUGUUUAGGAAUUUGAUGAAGCCAGUGCACAGUCAGUGCAGCGGUUACUCUGGGAGGUGGAGGAAAUGUUAUUUGAAGGGAAAGUGAACCCUCAGACCCAGAGUCUGCUGGCCGAAUGCGGGGAGUGGACAAGAAGAUCCCUCCAUCUGAGAGUAUUAGGAAGACAGCUGAUCCUGCCCACUGACGAAGGUGUCCAGCAUUUCCAGGGCAGCACUCCUGCCUCCGCAGUCCACAGACCCCCGCUCAGUGCCUGCGGACACAGCAGCAGCAUCAGAGAGUUGUGCGUUUCUGGCUAUCAAAUAGUCCCAGCAGCACUCUCAGCCUCUGCCCUGCCAGGCCCUGAUGACACAGGGGUUGCUGACCUAACGGCAUGUUCAUCCCUGGAAGAAGAGGUUUACCAUGUGGAUGGAAAGAUUGAAGAGUAUUUUGCUUUUGACAGAAAAGAGGAUGAUGAUGAAUGUCUUGAACAAAAACCAGCUCAGCCGGGUAGGAAAUGGCGCAAACUCGGACUUCCUCCUGUUUCCCCUCAUGACUGUGUCAAAGAUGCCGUGGCAGCAGAAGUGUUUGAUCAUGUCUGGACAAAUAUGGUAGAACUUCUGGAAGAGCUGAUUAGAAAACACUGGGAAACUACACUCACAGAAGGGAAGAAACAGAGAGAAACAUUGAAAGUAGCUGGAAACAGAUUUCCACACGUCCUCAUUCCACACGCUCGCGCUGAUGGAGCCAGUGUCCCCCCGUCCGGAAGCUCCGAGGCUCACAGCAUCCCCCUGGCUUCUCGUCUGAACCCACCCCAGAUUCAUCGCUUCUCCAGCAGUUUUUAUAGUGACAUGAAUGGUGUCAUGACAAUUCAAGCAAAACCGCUUCAACAGAGACCUACCUAUUUUGCCAACAGAACACAGAAUGAGAAGGAGGACAAAGCAUCGGGUGGAGGGGCAGGUGCUCUCUCCUCCGCACGGCACAGACCGGGACAGGCCUCAGACACUCAUGGAUUACCACCUUCUGCAAAGAAAACACCAGUGCCCUGGAGGCUGCCUUCUCUUGCUUCAGAUUCACAGAGACUAAAAGCCCCCAACAUCUAUACUGACGAAGUUCUUCGGGGAAGAAAACUGCCGACUGGCGUGGACCACAUGGCUUCCCCGCUGGUUCAAACAUCACGGAGCAGGUUCCCCCCGAUAGGCACGGAGACCAGGGAGCAGAAUACAGCAGUUCCUGGAUGCCGCCGUGUUUGUUACAGAGGAAGGCAUCUACAAAACCGUGUGUCAAGUGCCAUGCCUGACGGUAUAGAAUGAUCGCGUCUUCGAGAAAGAACCGCUACCCUGGAACAGCUGUCAAGGCCCAGCACAACCCACACAUUCCGGCAGUCAGAUACGCCUCGCAAAAGUUCAUUGACACAAAUGGAAUUUGCUGCUCACACAUGGACAGGUCAAAGUAUUUUGACAGGUUCACAAUAUGUGCCUAAAUCUUUUCAGAGGACAACUUUGACUUUAAAGAAGAGAUUCCAAGUGACAUCUUGAAACCACCUCACCAGAACCAUUGGAGCACUCGUGGCCUCAGCACACUGCUUAUCACUUGAAAAAUGGAGGAACAAGUAUUAUAUUUAUCUGUGUGUCUGACAGUGUGAGAUGUUAGACUGAGAGAAAUGCAAACAAAUAAAUCACUUAAUCUUGAA